AUGCCGUUACUCCCCGCUGUUUUCAUUCCUUCAGGUGGUACUCCGGUUGAUCAUCUUCCUUUGCCAAGAAAUCCAACGCACCCUCCAAUAGAGAUUCCCUACAUCAAAGAAGGGGAAGAGUACGAUGGCGGGCCAUUCAUUACAUUUCCUUCUCGCAGAGGCUGGACAGAGAAAGAUAUCUGUGAUCCAAAGAACUCUGGGAAGACAGCAAGAGAAACUGUCGCUUUCUUCCAGACCUGGUUUUUUUGGGGAUUGUUGACAGAUAUUUUGCGGGUGCCAGUGCGUGAAUUGGAUCUUGUCAGGGAAAAUAAAUGUGGUCAGAAGGUCAUAACAACUUUCAGGCUUCCCCAACUUAUUCUCAAAUGGUAUGACCGUGAGCGGUAUCUGUCACGCAAAGCCCAAGAGAAAUAUGCUAUGAGAGUAGACAAAAAUCUCUGGCGUCUUUCCAACAUAUUGAGUUGGUGGGCCUUGCACAGAACUGCCCCUUUCGAUCAAUGGACGGCACUCUAUCUCGCUGUUUUUGGGGAAUACAUACAAUCGGGAUACAGAAUUGUGUAUCAGAAGGCAGGUGGGCUUCCCUUUUUGGGAACUGAAACCGACUUAUCAACGGUGCCUUUUUGGCUCAGCGCCAAUCGACAAUGGGCCAAUAGUGGCAGGAAGGCAAUCAAUGAACGAAUGGCUGCAGAUGGAUGGUGUCGAAGUGAUAUUCAACGACUCACCUCGACAUUGCUUAGUUACGGUUUAUUCUUUGCAAGCAUGCUAGAACCGCCUGGGUACGAAAGCACCGCUCAAGAUUGUGUCAGUAAAUCGUAUGCAAACAGUACAGGUUUGAAUGAAACUGUCAAAGGUUGUCACUUGAAUACAAGUCCGAACAACAUGCAUCAGCAGUGUUCAGAGUUUUCCUGCUCCGCAUAUGAGCGGGACAAAAAUGAAUACAAGACCAAGCACGCAUCCAAGUUUUGUACGUGUGUGCACAGAACAGUGUGUGUUCCAGAGCUUGUCAGAAUUCUUGAGAAGGGCCAAAUUCCUGCAAUCCAUCUGCAAGAUAGCAUUCAGGUUUUAUCAGUCAUGCCUACAAUCAGAUAUGUUGCCAUUUCCCACGUGUGGUCAGACGGCCUUGGGAACCCCAAUGCCAACACUCUGCCAGAUUGUCAAGUAGAGAGCAUUGCUCGUUUUGUGAGCAAUCUUUAUCAUCCAUUAGAAGGAAUUAUUCCAUUCUGGAUUGAUACUCUCUGCUGUCCGGUGGAGCCAUAUAGUGCGCGAGCCCAAGCUAUAAGUUUGAUGAGAAAAACCUAUCAGGGCGCAGACAAGGUGCUAGUAAUCGAUUCCUACCUCCAAGCUCAGUCAAUAUCAUUGCUCUCGACAACGGAAAUUCUGAUGAUGAUUCAUUGUUCGAAAUGGAACAGAAGACUUUGGACCCUCCAAGAACAAAUUUUUGCCCGUAAAAGGCUAUGUUUUCAAUUUAAAGAUGUGAGCUUGUGUCUUGACGACAUAAUCUUAGGGGAAGUGACUCCAGACAUGGUUCUCUCAGAAGACUUGGAUCGUGUCGCUGCAAUCCAGCAACUAUCUCAUGGCACAUCUGGAGUUACAAAGGCUGUAUGGGCAGAUUACGCUAUUCUAAGCAUCAUUGAUGCAUCUUCCACUGGAGCAAUCGCGGCUAUACAAAGAAUGCUUCCCUUCAGGGCAACAACGAGGGCGUCAGACGAGGCUCUUUGUUUGGGGAGUUUACUGAAUUUGGAUAUGAAGCGUAUUUUGAGUGUGCCGGAGGCUGAACGAAUGGAAACUCUGUGGUCUGAAAUGCCAAAUAUACCACCGAACAUGAUAUUCUGGAUCGGUCCCAAAUUGCAGAAGAAAGGCUUUAGGUGGGCGCCUUCAACCUUUCUCAAUGGAAGGGACUUACAUCAUUUCGACUUCGCGGAGGCGGGUACUGCAAAGCUAACCCCAAGGGGAUUGAAGGUCCGCUAUCCUGGUUGGAUGCUCGGCUGUCAGCAAGGUCUCCAGGUCCAGGCACAAUUCCGCAUUAUGGACACAUCUGAGACAUUAUACAUGAUCUCGUGUAUCAAUGGCGCAUCCCGUGAAUACCUUCCACCUGAUGGCUCAUUGGAUCCCUGGAGCUUGGAGCCUCCAGGGCAAUCAACUCUUUAUCUGAUUUUGCAAUUCGACUUAGAUGAAGCCGGGAAUUACGGUUCUAAAGUGUGUAAUGAUGCAAUUUUAGUCCUAGCUUAUGGUAUCGAUCAGGAGACUGUCCUUGUACGCUCUGUAUGCCCUGCCACAGUCCGCAAGCUCGAGUACGAAGAUGAAGCGACGCAGUCUUGGAGAAAUAGCGCAAGGAGUUUGUUGAAUAGCAUUGAGCCUCAUAUCCGAAGAAUGGGGCUUUGGUCUUCUUCACCAACUUUUCAGUCUAAUUCUGGAAUAGUAGAUCUCAUGGGAUGCUCUGCACUUACCAAGGACCAUCCCUGGUGCGUUGAUUAA